AUGGCGGGCGUUUCAUUGAAAUGUGGAGACUGUGGGACGCUCCUCAAGUCUGUGGAGGAAGCUCAGGAGCACGCAGAGCUGACCAAGCACGCGAAUUUCGUUGAAUCCACUGAGGCCGUCCUCAAUUUAGUCUGCUCCGACUGCGGCAAGCCUUGCCGCUCCAAAACCGAGAGUGAUUUGCACACUAAGAGGACGGGGCAUACUGAAUUUGUGGAUAAGACUUCUGAGACUGCAAAGCCUAUAAGUUUGGAGGCACCGAAGCUUAAUGAUGAUGUAUCGAUGGAAGAGGCUGGCCUUGGUAGUAUUAGUCAACAAGAAGAAAUGGUGGCUCCGGAAGUAAGCCAACAGCUGUUAGCAGAACUUGAGGAUAUGGGAUUUCCCAAAGAAAGGGCUGUUCGUGCACUUCAUUUUUCUGGAAAUAGUAGCCUUGAGGAUGCAGCAAAUUGGAUAGUUGAACAUGAGAAUGACCCAGAUAUCGAUAAAAUGCUAUUGGUACCCGUUAGUUCCAAGCAACCUCAGGCUCCAAAGCCAUCUCUCACACCAGAAGAGAUUAAGCUGAAACAACAAGAAUUAAGGGAACGUGCUCGCAAGAAGAAAGAAGAGGAAGAAAAGCGAAUGGAAAGAGAAAAAGAGAAGGAAAGAAUUCGAGUUGGAAAGGAGCUGCUUGAAGCAAAGCGCAUUGAAGAGGAAAAUGAAAGAAAACGUAUAUUAGCCUUGCGGAAAGCAGAAAAAGAGGAAGAAAGAAGAGCUAGAGAGAAGAUUCGUCAAAAGUUGGAGGAAGAUAAGGCUGAAAGAAGAAGAAAACUUGGGUUGCCCGUGGAGGAAUCAUCUGCUGCAAAAUCUUCUGCUCCAGUGGUGGAGGAAAAAAAGAGCUUCCUUCCUGUCCGACCAGCUACAAAGGCAGAGCAAAUGAGGGAGUGCCUGAGAACCCUUAAACAGAAUCAUAAGGAUGAUGAUGCAAAAGUGAAGACGGCUUUCAACACGCUUUUGACUUUCGCAAAGAAUGUAGCAACGAAUCCGAAUGAGGAGAAAUUUCGCAAAAUUAGAAUCACAAAUGCUAAUUUUCAGGAGCGAGUUGGAAAACUGAAAGGAGGCAUAGAGUUUCUUGAACUGUGUGGUUUUGAGAAAAUGGAAGGGGGAGAGUUUUUGUAUCUUCCUAAAGAGAAAGUUGAUAUUGCGGUGCUCCACUCCGCUGGAAGAAUCAUUCUGGAAUGGACUCACUGGGAUAAAAUUUUAAUUUCCCAAAAGAAUGCCUCAUCUUUACCAUUUACUCUUUUGCGUCAUUUCUGA